AUGAGUAGGCUGUCCUUCAGGCCUCGUCCGCUUGACAUUCACAAGAAGCUCCCUAUCGUAAAAUCAGUAAAGGACUUUGAAGAAGAUGAUUCAACUCCCACUUCUACUCGCAAUUCUCAGCUGCUUCGGGUUGCUGCUGCCGAUUUCGACAAUGAGGCGCAUCAUCCCCAUGUUCCUACCAAGAAAUUAGCUUCCGAAAUACCUACACCCCAAUUUGAUGCUGUUGAUACUUACGAACGAGACUAUCAGCGCACGUUCGCUCAGCCCAAUUCUUACAUUCGAGCAAGGGGAGCUCGAGCUGAGAUCGGAGAAUUUGUUGAAUAUGAUAUUGACAACGAAGAUGAGGAUUGGCUUCAAGAGUUCAACAAAGACAGGAAUAACCUUUCUCCUGAAAAGUUUGAAGUUCUUCUAUUCAAGUUGGAGGUGUUAGAUCAUAAGGCUAGGGAAAGAGCUGGAGUUAUAACACCAACACUUGGUUCUCCCAUCCCUGUACUUCUACAACUAGAUGCUGCUAGUGAGGCACUGCAAGCUCAGUCUGUCAGAUAUGUGGUUCUCCAGUCGGUUUAUAACUACUGGAAAGAAAAGCGUGAAAGAUGGCAAAAGCCUGUUUUACGCCGACUGCAGCCUCCUCCCCCAGUGAAUGACACAAAUCCAUACAAUGUCUUCCGGCCACGAGAGAAAGCACACAGACUGCAUACCAGAAGGAUGCAGAGGAGGGAAAAUAAUGUACAAUCAUUUGAAAAGCUUCGGCAGGUCAGGCGGAAUCUUGAGCAAGCCAAGACUAUACUCGAGGCUCUGAUUAAGAGAGAAGAGAAGAAAAGAGAGGUGAUGGAGAGUGAAGUCAGUCUCCAGAGGAUCCAAAUCAAGUACAAGCAUGAGACAGAGCUACUUGAGGAUAGCUUGGCUCUUCAUGGAUUUCAACCCAUCUCCAAGUUUGUGUCAAGCGAAGAUGAAAUUCUUGAUUCAGAGGACUUUGCAAACAGUCGUCCACGCACGCGUCCUCCCCUUCCCCUGCAAAAUCCGACCCCCAUGAUAACGGAUUCCAGAAACAUUGUCAACUUCCCACCAGCAGCAACCAUGAAGCAAGAGCUACGUCGGAGGCAUGCAGUCGACGGUUGGCUCCACAAAAUGGAUCCAAAUGAACCACUAUUGUUGUUCACGAAGCCUCUUGUACCCGAGAAGUUGGCAUCUGCUGGGAUAGUACCACCAGCAGAUCCAUCGGCGAGGAAUGGGGGAUCAGCAGUGACGUACAGAUUUCGAGGAAGAAUCGGGCGAGGUGGGCGAAUCGUAUUUGAUAGAUGGAACCCACUUGCACAAACGCCAAUUGAUGUCGGUAACACUUUAUACAUAGCCCCUCGACCCCGCCCCUCAACUUACAAUUAA